AUGAGUCCCAUCCAGCUUCCCAUCAGUGCGAUCACCUCCCGUUUUGGUGAUCGUUUCAACAGCGUCCGGGCACAGUCCAUCUCCUCUCGCUUUGCCAACUUGCGUCCUAUCUCGGAGUUUCUAGACGUCAAGCGCAUGUCAAAGCCUGCCAACUUCGCCGAGGUUCAAAGCCGCGUGAACUACAACCUGUCCUACUUCUCCAGUAACUAUGCGGUUGUCUUUGUUAUGCUGGGCAUCUACGCCUUGAUCACAAACACGAAACUGCUGUUUGCCAUUGUCUUUGUGACCGGUGGUCUCUAUGGCAUCGGUAAGCUGGGUGGCCGCGACCUUGACCUUGGGUUCGCUCGUUUUACAACGUCCCAGCUCUAUACAGGUCUGAUGGUCGUUGCAAUUCCACUAACCUUCUUGGCUGAUGCCUUUGGCACUGUUCUCUGGUUGAUGGGCGCGAGUGGAGCUACCGUUUUCGGCCACGCUGCCUUGAUGGAUAAGCCGAUUGAGAAUGCUUUUUCCGAGGAGGCGGUUUAG